GCUGUCUCGCCUCACGAUACGUGUACGUGGAUCCGGUCAGGAGCAGAGGGCAGUCGAUCGAGCACCCACCGAUCUGUUGCGGCAGGCAAUGGCAGCGAGGACGGGAGCUGUGGUGGACGCGCGGUUCUGCGCGCCGCACGCGACGGAGUUCACCUUGACCAAGACGAAGAGCUGGUUCCGCGACUUCACCAUCACGGACGCCAGCGGCGCGGCGGUGAUGAAGGUGGACGCCCCCCCGUUCACCUUUGUCCGUCGCUCCAUCCUCGUCGACGCCGCAUCGCGCCGGCCUUUGGUCACCACGGAGCGCUCGCCGACCCUGUUCACGCUCGGCCGGAGGUGGGAGGCGUUCAAGGGGGACGGCAGCAGGCCGAGGGAUCUGCUCUUCUCCGCCGUGGUGCAGCCCUGGCUGUUCGUCAUCAGAGAGGUCCACGUCCACCUCGCCGGCGGCGACCGCAGCGAGAAGAACCCGGACUUCGUGAUCCGACUCAGUUCAUGCGGGCGCGAGUGGACAGUCUCCCGCGGCCGCUCCGACGGCGGCGCCGCCGUUGCCACGAUCAAGCGCACGACGGGGCUGUUCCUGUUCGAGGGGCUGGCUUUCUCCGUGAGUGUCAGCCCGGGCGUGGACCAUGCUUUCAUCCUGGCGCUCGCCGUGAUUCUGCACGAGAUACGUCAGGACGGAAUCCAGCGUGGACAGCACGCCGCCUUCUAAUCCUUCAGUUCACGAGAUACUACCUCAAGAAGUGAACUGCCGCUAUUUUCAUAUCUCUUUUCUGUCUUUUCUUGCCACAUGUUUGCCCACUGUAAUAUUUCCCAACCAGUUUGCUAAACUGGAUCAAUUUAGACAGAGUAUAUUAAAUAUAAUCUUGUUUAUGUUACUAUUAUAAUUGAACUG